AUCAAGCUGAAGGAGAUCUUCGAGACGCCCUCCGAGAUCGCGCUCAUCCUGGAGCUGGUGACGGGAGGAGAGCUCUUCGACAGGAUCGUGGAGAGGGGUUUCUACAGCGAGCGGGAUGCGGCCCAUGUCGUCAAGCAGAUCCUGGAAGCCGUUUCGUAUUUGCAUGAAAACGGAGUCGUCCACCGCGACCUGAAGCCGGAGAACCUGCUCUACGCAGACCUGUCCCCUGACGCUCCCCUCAAAAUUGGCGACUUCGGGCUCUCCAAGAUCGUGGACGAACAGGACACCAUGAAAACCGUCUGUGGGACGCCGGGGUACUGCGCCCCCGAAAUCCUCCACGGGUGCCCGUACGGCCCUGAAGUCGAUAUGUGGUCCGUGGGUGUCAUCACCUACAUCCUGCUCUGUGGCUUCGAGCCUUUCUUCGACCCGCGAGGGGGCCAGUACAUGUACAGCCGCAUCCUCCCCUCGGACUACGAGUUUGUGUCCCCAUGGUGGGAUGAGGUUUCCCUCAAUGCCAAGGAUUUGGUCAGAAAAUUGAUUGUCUUGGACCCCCAGAAGAGACUGACCGUCUGCCAGGCACUGGAGCAUCCCUGGGUCACCGGGAAAGCCGCUAAAUUUGCUCACAUGGACAGCACGCAGAAGAAACUGCAGGAAUUUAAUGCCAGGCGGAAACUGAAGGCUGCCGUGAAAGCCGUGGUGGCUUCCAGCCGCUUGGGCAACCACGGGCACCACGACUGUGCCCGCAGCAGGCGCAGCCAGGGGGGUACCCGGGGCGCCUGCCUGCCCCAGGGGACGGGGACUGCCAGCUCCGAAGCCACCACCACCAAGGACCUUGACGCCUUCCGGAGCGACUGCCCCGCCGUGUCUGAGGUUCCUGUGAAUGGCGCCAGCCACAAGAGCUAA